CGGAGCCCGCGCCGCGCGGGUAGGAUUAGAACUCGGCUCCUCGAGCGUCUCGUCUAGGCGGCCAUGGGUACGGAGCGGGCCGCCGGUCACCGGACUAUCUUCUGGCUGCUCAUCGCCCACCAUUUUUUUGUGGCUUCUGCCUGCCACGAGCCCCACUAUGGCCAGCUGAUUGAUGACUUGUGCCUCACCAAGUUCAAGCUCGACAUGGAUGCGAUUGGACCGGCACUGUGGUGUGACUGGGGGAAAACACUUGGGAGCUACGGGGAGCUCACCAACUGCACCGCCCUGAUUGCCCAGAAACUGGACUGCUACUGGCCCAGCCAGCUGGUGGACACGUUCUUCAUCGCCAUCCACAGAGCCUACUUCAAACACUGUGCCCUCACAGGGAGGAAGAUCCAAGACCCCCCGUACCACAUCCUGUGCCCCUUCAUCGCGGUCCCCAUCCUGGUGACCUUGCUCAUGACGGCACUGGUGGCCUGGAGGAGCAAGCGGAAUGAGGGGAUUGUCUAGGCCCGUGGCUGGCAUGGGGAAGACAGGGUCUCUGGGAGCCUGCCUCCUGGAGCUGGUCCUGCAUGUGUGAGCUCAUGUAUGGCCCCUCGUGGGGGGUUGGGGGAGCGGGUGAGGUGAGAGAGAGGAGGACGAGGGGCUGGAGGGAGGGUCCAGCAGGCCCUCUAUUGAAAACCUCCCAAAUUCGGGUCGGUCCGACACUGUCGCUUGUGUUCAUGAUGCCCAAAGCCCCUCCCGUAAGCCAAACACUAGCAGUUGAAGAAAAAAGCACUUGCCUUGUUGGAUUGAUGGGAGAAAUCAGAGGCAGGCAGGCCUCGGUGCUAUGGUGUAGAAAUAUUGGAAAUAUAAUUUAUUCCUCGUGAUAUUUGACCCUCCAAUGCUUCUCGGAGAACGUUCCUAUUCUCUCCAGGCUGCUGAGGCUGGUCAUUGCUUCUCAUGGAUAGAAUGUUCUUGGGCAGGAUCCUUUAAAUUGGCUGUGGUUUUGGAGAUUAAAGCUCUUUUCUUGGAUCUGG